GCACCGUCGGUCGACUGGUUCGCACCCGCACUGGCAUCGGGUCGGUCCUUGAAAUGAAUCGAAUGACCCACCACUAUUGGAUACAUUUGAGAAACUUGCAUUGUUAACGGACGCCGGCAGUUUCCAGUAUCGUCAUUCUGCUCCGUUUAGGUCUUUGUGCAAUACGGUUACGGGUAACUUUGUUGCAGAUUUGACAUCUAAAAAGUAGCUAGUUCCGUGGAGCAACCGGGUUUUACGCUUUUCGUUUCGUAGGUUUUUCUUAUCGUUAUCGUAUCUCGCAAGCAUUGCGAUUGUAGUAAAGCAAACGAUGGCCAAUCAGGAGGCCGCGUCCCCAAUACGGCAGCUUCCAUUCGAGCUAAUGUGCACUAUAUUUGACCAUCUCGACAACUACAGCGUAAAAAACUGUUCACUUGUGUGCCGCCAAUGGAAGGAGAUAAUUUUUUCCGAUUAUUAUAUAAAGAGAUUCGUGUUGCGGUUGCCAUCGAGUGUUAGUAACACCAGGGUGCUCGAACAGUCCGAUCGUUUGUAUCGCCAUGUACAUCUUCAGAGCAACCUUCAGAGCAAUACUAGCGAUUUCAACGUAAUGUACAACAUCGUGUGCUAUCCGAGGCUGAAGCAGUACCUAACAUUCAGAGCAACAGUCGAGCCGCCAUGGAACCAUGUGAAAAUGAUUACGGACGCCAUUGGGCGCAUGAAGGUGCUUCGAGAACUAUACCUAGUUAACACAGACGCAAGCAACUCGGUCAUGAAGGCUAUCCAAAUUUGCAGCGAUUCGCUGCAGUUCCUCGGCUUGAAAUGUGCAGUUCCAGCUGUUAUCAAAGCACCCUAUCUCAAAACGCUCGUAUUGGAGCUGUUCUUCACGAAUCCUGAAGCGAAUGUGGUACUAUAUUCUUACAGGUUUCCGCAUCUUAAAUCUAUGAAGGUGUCUGCAUACGAAUCACGCAAUCUUUUCAAAACGGAGCACGUGGAGCAUGCAUUAUCAUUUUUUGCCCAUCUCAAGGAACUGGAUGAGCUGAUACUAACAGACAUUACCGUUAACGGCUACAUUUUCAAAGCCAUUUGCGGAAGCUGUACUAAUCUAACAAAAUUGCAUCUGGAUGAGCUGUGCAUUGUCAACAAUUCCACAAUGUCUAGCCUUUCAAACCUUACCAAGCUUCGUGAACUUAAACUCCGACGAAUCUAUUCCCUUACAAGCAUUUCGUUUUUACCCGUAACCUUACCGCAUCUAGAAUUGGUUGCUAUUGGUGAUUUUGAAAUGCAGUACGAAACGCUGCGUGCAUUUAGGUCGGCAACGAGGAUCGAAUUUUUGUUCGGAGAAACGAUUCCCAUGGAGCUCAUCUUAGCCAUCGCUAGCCAGAUGCCGAGAAUACGACAAGUGGAGCUCCCAACGACUCGGGCGAAUUAUUUUCAAUCUCUAAUACUACUUCCAAUGUUGGAAGUGCUUGUGAUAAACAAUUGUAGCUUUGAAGACUUACCGAGGUAUGUGCAGCAUCCUAUAGAUGUUAUUAAAGAGCUGUGUUGCCCCAGCACAGUCAAUAAGCCAGAUGACAGGAUCAUAGCGCUACUGCUGGACCGCUUUCCUAAUCUAAAAUUGCUUAAAUAUGACAAUAAUUUGGAGCAUCAAAUCGCCUAGUUACACCUGUUUCCCUUGAAUUGCAUUGUAAUAUUAACGAAUAUCAGUAUGAACUAAUGAAAUAUAUAUCAAAAGACUUAAA